CUCUCUCUCUCUCUCUCUACCAUAAUACCAGAAAACUCUCUCUAUCUCUCUCUUCCUGGAUUCAAUUUUCUGGUAAUAAGUUAGAUGCAGAGCUGCUUCUGUUGUGCUUUGGGAAGCAGAGGAGUCUGAAGCAGAGGAGAUGGGUAGCUUAGGAGAAGCUGUUGGGAAGGAGUUUGCUCUAAAUAUUUCAAACACAGUACUCAUAGAACUCAACAGAUUAGAAAAUCUACUUAAAGACAAGGAGAGAGAGCUUGGAGCUGCCCAAAAUGAAAUUAAAGCCUUGAAGGGAUCAGAAUUUCUGAAAGAUAAAGCUGUGUUGGAACUAAGCAGUGCAUUGAGGAAGCUUGAACAGAAACUUGUAAAUGCAGAAAAGCAAGCAGAGGAUAAGAAUCUUGAAAUCAAGAGGCUAAUUGGUGAGAAGAAGGCUGCAUUAUCAGCACAGUUAGCUGCUGAAGCAACUCUAAGAAGAAUUCAUGCAAGUCAGAAGGAAGCUGAUUCAGUCUCAGCUGGGGCUCUUAUUGCGCCACUUGAAGCUGAAAUUAAAAUGUGUAAAAAUGAAAUUUCAGCUCUUCAAGAAGACAGAAAGGCUUCUGAUCGCCUAAUGAAAUCCAAAGAGAUGGCUUUAGUGGAGGCAGAAAGAAGCUUAAAUACUGCUCUAGAAAGGGCCCUUAUGGUGGAAAAUUUACAGAAUCAGAAUACUGAUUUGAAACGACAAGUAGAAAUAUGCCUGGAGGAAAAUAAAUUUUUAGAGAAAGCAAAUCAUCAGAAGGUCGUCGAGGUCGAAAAGCUUUCGCAAACUAUUGGUGAGCUUGAGGAGUGCAUUUUAGUUGGGGGAAAGGCUGCUAAUGCUGUCCGCGAUUAUCAGCGCCAAGUUGCUGAAUCAAACGAGGUGAUAAAGACACUUGAGAGAGAGCUGGCGAAAGCUAAGAUCAGUAUGAAUCGUGUUGCGACCGUCGUGGCAAAUGAAUGGAAAGAGGAAGGAGACAAACUCAUGCCAGUAAAACAAUGGCUUGAAGAGAGGAAGUCCAUGCAGGGUGAAAUACAAAGACUGAAGGACAAGUUAGUAAUAUCAGAAAGAAGUGCAAAAGCAGAAGCUCAACUCAAAGAUAAAUUAAAGCUUCGUCUAAGAACAUUGGAAGAUGGCUUCAAGCAGUCAUCAACUUCAUCAACCCUCAAAACGACAAACUGUGCUGAAAACAUCAUAUCUUCUUCCCCAAAUAAUGUGAAACCGAAACGUUUUAUGUCUCAGCCAAGAGGUUCUUUAACUGCUACAAGUAAAUUUUCAGCAAAACAGCAGUCUAAUCCAGCAACUAGAACUGCUGAUUCCUACAAAACUAUGCAGAGAUCAAACAGCCUGAAAGGAAAAUUCAUUUCAAGCGAAAAUUUGAUAAAGAAAAACUUGAGGGUUUCAAAAAGCAAAUUUUAUGAUGAAAGUGGGAAGGAAAAUAUUGCUAAGAAAAACAAUGUUGAAGAACAUGUUGGUGAUUCUUCUCCUAAAAAAAAUGAUGCUUCAGAGGCCAAAUCAAGUGAAAAUCAUGCCAAUGAAUUAUCACAAAAUACUGAGAACCAACAAGAGUUAUGCAGCGAUACGGUAUCAGGUUUUCUAUAUGAUAAAUUACAGAAGGAAGUCAUUAGUUUAAGAAAAUUGCAGGAGGAGAAAGAUGAGUUAUUGAAUGCAAAAGAAUAUGACAUCAAUUUACUCAAGAGAAAAAUAGAUGCACUUACGAAGGCUAUGGAGGUGGAGGCAAAGAGUAUGAGAAGAGCAAUUGCAACAAGAGAAAAAGAAGUUCUCCAGAAAUCUGAAGAUAAUAAGCAGAAGAACAGAAAUACUAAUAUGGUCAGAAGAUGAGCCACUCUUUCUAAAUUGCUUGACAAACCCUGAACAUUGAACUUGUUAUUGUGAUAGCAAGCUUAAUUCGGGAUUAGGAUGCGAAAAAUGCUCGAUGUUUGGGAUCAACUCGUGUUAGUUUGACAAACGUUAGCGUUAGACUCAGUUAUUUGGGUUCUGUAAGAGAACCACCACUCUCAACCUACAUCUUCAUAUCUUCUCAACAUAGUGAAUAUCUUCUCUUC